GAGCGAGGUAAAAAUGACAGAGCUGAGACACAGAGGUACAACGGACAAUGAGCUGCAACAUCAACAGUCGGAUGACAAGGGCUCCGAGUCGGAAAGCAAAGCGGAGAGAGACGGAGCCUCGGACAGCGAAACCAAACCGGACUUCGGAGUUCCCGACGUCCCCGUCCCUCCCGACGACACGCCGGAGGUUCUGAACAAAGCCCUCUCGGGCCUGUCGUCACGAUGGAAGAACUGGUGGGUUCGGGGGAUUCUUACUCUGGCUAUGAUCUCCUUCUUCUUCGUCAUUAUCUACCUUGGCCCCAUGGUGCUAAUGAUGAUAGUGCUGUGUGUUCAGAUCAAGUGUUUUCAGGAGAUUAUCACUAUUGGUUACAGUGUUUAUCACUCCUACCACCUCCCCUGGUUCCGAACCCUCAGCUGGUACUUUCUCCUGUGUGUGAACUACUUCUUCUACGGUGAGACGGUGACUGAUUACUUUUUCUCUCUGGUUCAGAGAGAAGAGCCGCUCCGCAUCCUAAGCAAAUACCAUCGCUUUAUCUCCUUCACCCUCUACCUCUCAGGAUUCUGCAUGUUUGUGCUAAGUCUGGUGAAGAAGCACUAUCGGCUGCAGUUCUACAUGUUUGGUUGGACUCAUGUGACUCUGCUCAUUAUCGUCACCCAGUCACAUCUCAUCAUUCACAACCUGUUUGAAGGAAUGAUCUGGUUCAUCGUUCCUAUCUCCUGUGUCAUCUGUAAUGACAUCAUGGCCUACAUGUUUGGCUUUUUCUUUGGCCGCACACCUCUCAUUAAGCUGUCCCCUAAAAAGACCUGGGAGGGUUUCAUCGGCGGGUUUUUUGCCACCAUUGUCUUUGGGAUCUUGCUCUCCUACGUGAUGGCUGGCGUCCGAUACUUCGUGUGUCCAGUGGAGUUUAACAACGACACUAACCGUUUUACAGUCGACUGUGAGCCUUCGGAGCUGUUUCAGUUACAGGACUACACCCUGCCUUCUGUAUUGGAGUCUCUGACUGGAUGGACAACGGUGAAACUGUACCCGUUCCAGAUCCACAGCAUCGCUCUCUCGUCCUUUGCCUCCCUCAUCGGCCCGUUUGGAGGUUUCUUCGCCAGCGGCUUCAAGAGGGCAUUUAAGAUCAAGGACUUUGCCAACACCAUCCCUGGCCACGGUGGCAUAAUGGAUCGCUUUGACUGCCAGUACCUCAUGGCCACAUUCGUCAAUGUCUACAUCGCUAGCUUUAUCAGGGGCCCAAACCCCUCUAAAGUGAUUCAGCAACUCCUCGCCCUGCGAUUGGACCAGCAGCUGCAUAUAUUUAACUCCCUGAAGGCCCAUCUGACAGAGAAGGGCCUUCUGCCUGCGCUGGAGGAAGCAGCCUAACCGUUGUCCUAUCCGAGCUUCAGAGAGAGAGAGG